AUGGAAAAAGAAGUGAACUUUCGGAUUCAGUGUGGCUGGAACAAUUGGCGGCAAGUUUCGGGUGUGAUAUGCGAUAGAAGGGUACCAGUAAGAGUGAAGGGCAAAGUCCACAAAGCAGUCGUUAGACCUGCUUUGAUGUAUGGGCUAGAAGCAGCACCUUUGAAGAAGAUUGAAGAGAGGAAGAUGGAUGUAGCGGAGAUGAAGAUGUUGAGAUGGAUGGUGGGAGUCAACAGAAGAGACCGAAUUAGGAAUAAGUACAUAAGAAGAACGGUGAAAGUAGUUGAAGUUUCCAAGAAGAUCCAGGAGUCAAGGUUGAGGUGGUAUGGACACUUGAGAAGAAGAGUUGGCGAAGACCACGUAGGAAGGGAGAUCAUGGAAAUGGAGGUGGAGUGA